CAAAUCUGGCUGGGAAAUUUCUUUCACCUGUGGCAGUAGAAAGAUUUGCAGAAAUUGGAAGAGGAGAAGGCCAAUAAUGGGGAUCAGAUUCGUAUUAAUGGUGAACAAGCAAGGGCAGACUCGUCUAGCACAGUACUACGAAUACCUUAACAUCGAAGAGCGACGAGCACUCGAAGGCGAAAUCGUUCGCAAAUGCCUCACCCGCAACGAGCAGCAGUGUUCAUUUGUUGAGCAUCGGAACUACAAAGUGGUGUAUAGGCGAUAUGCAUCACUGUUUUUCCUGGUUGGAGUAGACAAUGAAGAAAAUGAACUCGCUAUUUUGGAAUUUAUACACCUCUUAGUCGAAACUAUGGAUCGUCAUUUUGGCAAUGUGUGUGAGCUGGACAUCAUGUUCCAUUUGGAGAAAGCACAUUUCAUGCUGGAGGAAAUGGUUAUGAACGGUUGCAUUGUGGAGACGAGCAAGGCGAACAUCCUCUCUCCGAUACAACUUCUGGACAAAGCAUCAUAGUAUGCAAGUUAGAACACCUUGGCUUGGAGAGAGUCCUGACAAUACUCUGCUUGUAGCAUUGCCAUCUUUGCAAAUUAUGUUUCACCAAAAACAAGAUUUACUACGUUUCUUGAGCUUGUAAUCAUUUUUCUUUUAUAUACCUUUGUGAUCAUGGAAUUUUAUUAAUUUAGAGAAACGUUACCCUAAA